CUCAAAUUAAAUUACGAAUAUUUGAAUCCGAAUUAAAAUUGAAAAACGAAAAACUUAAAAAUUAUCUGAAUGUUAAAAGUCGCGAAUAAAAUGUCAAGUUUCGAUUCAGAUAAUGAUUUUCUCCAUGAAGAUUAUUACGAAACAAAUGGAACUUAUUACUCAAAUGGAGUAUAUCCAGGAAGUCAAGAGGAUUAUGAAUACAUGAGAAAGUUUUCAUCAACCGACGAUUCUAUUAAUCAAUCAUCACCGACUUCAUCCUACCACUAUCCAGUGUAUUCUCAACUUGAUAAAAAUGAUUAUGUGAUGGAGGAUUACUAUUCACCAAAUCGAUCAAAUAUUACCACAACUAAUGUUAAUUAUAAUAAUAAUGUGAUCACAAAUAAAACUAACAUAGUUACGUCAAACGAAAUUCAUGCUCCCGUCAAAGUUGUGAGGAAAAGGACGACGGCAAAUAAAAAGGAAAGACGAAGAACACAAAGCAUAAAUUCUGCAUACUCUAGUUUAAGAGAGCAUAUUCCAAACGUUCCUUCUGACACAAAGUUAUCAAAGAUUAAAACACUUCGAUUGGCAACAUCAUACAUUAGUUAUCUGAUAAAUGUCCUCGAGGGCGAGGAAACAAACAUAAAUAAUGGCAAUUUUAAGAGCGGUUUCCGUGCUGAAUUGGUGCCAUCAUCGAGGAAAAUCAACGCAGAACGUCGAGCAUUAAUGAAGAAAGAAAUACAAAGUCAAAUAGAACAACAGCAAAAUCAUGGUGAAGACAAAAAGAGAACAGGCUGGCCGCAAUCUGUUUGGGGCAAUGUGACAUUGAGUAGAAAAAAUUUAAAGUGAUUUGAAAAAUGAUUUAAGACUUAAUUGUGCUGCUCUUAGGAUUAGUAAGAAAUUAUAAAUUAUGCUUUAAACUUUAUAUACAUUUGAGGUCAUAGAUGUGUUAACUUAGAUUGCGUCAAUAAAUAAAUUUAUAAGCAUUUAAAUAUGCAACUUCA